CUUCUGUUCUAGGCACCAAGAGCCUGUUGGAUAACAUGACCUUGAAGUUUCCUCAUAGCCUGGAGCAUGGAAAUCCAUCAUCUCCUUGUUUCCAGAAGCUGAAGACAAAAGCACAAAGAGGUUAGUUAAGGCUGAUAUGGAAGGAUGAUUAAAGUUUUAUUGUCCUCAAGCCUUGCCCCUUGGCAGCCUCUGCAAGGUCACAUCUACCCCAGGACCACAUAAAAAGGGGCUACAUCCUGCUCUGGGGAUGACUCUGGCAGUGCCGUUGGCAUCAGACUGCAGUCUUGACAGGGCUACAGAGAGAGGCAGCAGGACCAUGGACACCAGUAAUGCGCUGGAGGUUUCCUCUGUGAACUGGAAGAAAACGGAGAACACUGCCGCUCACCACACAUCGGCGUUCCAGAUUGACAAGCUGGUGCUCAGGCGUGGACAGAUAUUCAACUUGAAGGUGACACUAAAUAGACCUCUCCAACCUCAGGAUGAAAUGAAGCUGGAAUUCUCUACUGGAAAAAAUUCAUCCCCCUAUGUGGAGCUCGAUCCGAUGACAUCCUUCCGUUCUCAGGGCUGGCAGGUGAAAAUUGCCAAACAGUCCGGUUCAAAGGUCACACUGUCUAUCAUCAGCGCUGCCGACGCCGUAGUGGGACAGUACAGUCUGCACAUGAACAGUUAUAACGCUGGGGUGUUCUUGCUUAUCUUCAAUCCAUGGUGUGCAGAUGACACCGUUUACCUGCCUAGCGAGGAGGAGCGGGAAGAGUACAUCCUUAAUGACACUGGCUAUAUCUACAUGGGCUUCGCCAAACAAAUUAAAGAGAAGCCCUGGACCUUUGGUCAGUUUGAGGAGAACAUUCUGGACUGCUGCAUCUAUCUGUUGGACAACCUGGAUCCCCAUGAACUACACAGCCCAGUGUCUGUGUCCAGGGCCAUUUGCACUAUGAUGUGCUCUGUGAACAACGGUGUGCUGAUGGGGAACUGGUCAGGAGACUACAAAGGUGGCACCGCCCCGUACGUGUGGACCAGCAGCGUGCCCAUCCUCCAGCAACACUUUGCCACCAAGUCACCCGUAUGCUUUGGCCAGUGCUGGGUUUUCUCUGGAAUCCUGACCACAGCACUGAGAGCAAUGGGCAUCCCAGCUCGAAGUGUGACCAACUUUGAGUCAGCCCACGACACAGGAAAGAAUCUCACAGUAGACAUUUACCUGGAUGAAUCCGGCAAGACAAUUGCAGAUCUGACCAAAGACUCUAUCUGGAAUUUCCAUGUGUGGACAGAUGCCUGGAUGAAAAGACCCGAUCUACCCCUGGGCCAUGAUGGCUGGCAGGUCCUGGAUGCUACACCGCAGGAGGUCAGCGAGGGCAGAUUCCGCACUGGGCCUUCCCCACUGAGUGCCAUCCGCCAGGGAGCGGUCCAAAUCCAGUAUGACACGAAGUUUGUCUUCACCGAGGUCAACGGUGACAAGUUCAUCUGGCUGGUGAAGCAGAACCAGGACAAGGAGAAGAACAUCCUUAUCGCCGUGGAGACUGCGAGUAUCGGCAAGAACAUCAGCACCAAGAUGGUGGGCGAGAACAAGCGCGAAGACGUUACCUUGCAGUACAAGUUCCCAGAAGGCUCCCCAGAGGAGAGGAAAGCCAUGGAAAAUGCCUCUGGUAAACACCUUGAUGAGGACAAGCCCAACCAUCCAUCAUCACACGGCUUGAAGAUAUAUGUCCUCCAGAAUUCUGUGGAGCUAGGAUAUCCUAUCACUUUGACCCUAGUUUUGAAAAGGAAAACGGAAGUCCUACAGAAUGUCAACAUUUCAUGUUCCCUCGACCUACAGACAUACACAGGCAGCAAUAAGACAAACCUGGGAAUCAUCCAGAAGACUGUGCAGGUCCAAGGUCAAGAAUCAGAGGUGAUUCUCAACAUGGACGCUAACUCCUACAUCUACAAGCUGGGCAUGGUUGAUGAUGAGAUGGUCAUCAAAGGGUUUAUCAUUGCGGAAGUCAUGGAGACUGGUGACAAGGUGGCCACUGACAUGAUCCUGUCUUUCCUGUACCCUGCCUUCUCUGUCGAGAUGCCGGACACAGGCAAGGUCAGUUGGCCACUUACCAUCAAGUGCUCCUUCAAGAACACCCUACCCAUCCCUUUGACUGAAAUCAGGUUCUCAGUGGAAAGCCUGGCCCUCUCUCACAUGCAGUCCUGGGAGCACGGGACACUGCUACCUGGAAAGUUCAUCCAUUUCCAAAUGAAAUGUACCCCAGAGAAAACAGGACCCAGGAAAUUUAUUGUCAAGUUUACUUCCAGACAAGUGAAGGAGGUUCAUUCCGAGAAGAUUGUUCUCAUCACUUAAUAGCCCAGCUGAGCCAUGGUGACGGAGGCAGGAGCCCUGAUUGGCUCUGAGCCUUAGCUAAGCUUGUUAGCAUUUCCUAAAUUGUACAUAGUUUUCGGAUCAGGGGUGACUAGAUUUAAUUACUCAUGUGAGGGCAGGUUCAGGAGCCAGCCUAGCAAAAGACAGAGCUCCAAGGCCAAUGUAACAUCAGGCAGGGGCCCCAUGGGCCAGGGCACCUCUCUACAGCUUGAAGCAUACGUCACAGACAGACACUUCAAACACGUGUGGGAGUCAGGGCCUCAGAAGACAGUGCAACUGUCAUUGGACUCAGACCGCAUACAGAGCCCAGAGCUGCUAUCCCAUGGAGCUGAAGUGCUGGGGGCGUCUUCCAUCUGGACUGUGGAUUCUAUCAAGUCCACGGGCAUCUAGAGGCUGAGUUGACAGUCCUGUAGGAAAGCAUCCUGGUCCUGGGCUCAUCUCAAGGCUCUGUCCUCUCAGAAGCAGGCCCCACGCUGGCGUGAGGCCCUCUUGUCUCUAGGUGGGCCAUGGGAAGGAGACCCCACAGCCUGCAUCCCCUUUGAGAAGGAGUCUAUGGCCAAUGAUAACAUCUGGGUAAGCAACUUACUCGCUCUGCUCACUGGAGUCUGCUUUGCUCUGCCAUCAAGGGAUCUGCUCAGAUAAUCACUAUGCUUUGAAUUAAACUCUGGUGACUUUGAAUUAA